UUUAGUCUGAUACUCUAAUAUAAACACUGCCAUUCAAUGAGGCCCCCUCUACUUGCGUUCGUUAUCCUUGGGCUGUUCAAUGCAGCAUCCUCGUUCGUUAGCUGGAGUGAUGCGUUUUACGAGCAGCAGGCGACGUAUCUGCGUCCUGAUGAGCCCCACACCCAGGAUGCACAGACGCUGCUCAGCAUGCUGUACGCGCACAACCAGAUCCAGGUCUACUGUCAACCGCCAACAGCGUUGACCAUGUGGAACGUAUUCCAGAGCAACCGCCUGCGCUUGCAGAUAGCAGCUGACGGAGAUUACAGCCAGUAUAAAGGAGCCACCGUGCGGGAAGUCCACCAGGCGCUUAGUCUGCUGGAUGAGUGCCACGAGGGAAAGCCACUGGGACAUUCCGCAGAGGAGCCACGGAUCGUUUCGAUAGCCACGCAUGACCACGCCUGUUACGGCAUCUACACAGUCCAACCGUUCGUCCUCACGCUCGAAGUGAUCAGUUGCGACCUUGAGCGGGUCACACAGUUCACCUUUGGCCUCGUUCUGUGGCUAAGCUGUCCGCUCCUGGCGGACUCGCUGCUCGCCUUCUACUGCUCAGCUGCCGCCUUGGGCGCCCACCUGGCGGGUGUGUUGGCGGUCGCGGCCGCCCUAAUGUCAUCGGACCGCGAGCGGCACCUACGCCUUGGAACGCUUAAGGUGAACUUCAAGCUGGUGCUCAAGGAGCGGCCCACUGCGAUAACCUUGGCGCUGAUCGGAGGCGCUUGGUUGCUCAAGUCCGCCUGCCAGCGCUUCAGUUUCCUGUGGCGACGCACACUCUUCCGCCGCCUGCAUCACCGCUUGCUGAGGGGCACCUCCUACUGGCUGAUCCUCACUGCGUCCGAUCACCGGGGCUUUGGGUGGACCUGCCUAAUGCUGCUGAUACCCUGGCCGGAGCUUUUGUCGCUGAUAAGCUGGCUCAAUACCCAAUACGCUCGCUACCAAAGGUGCUCCUUUAAACCAACGGAAAUCCAGUGGGAAAUCGUGAAUCAGGAAGCCCCUUAUCAACGGUCAUAUUUGCCAUCCGGACACGAUAAUCUUUUAUCCGAAACCGAAGGGAAUUUUAACACCAUUAACAGGCAUUUUUACUGGGAGCAGCGAGAGAAUGAGCAGGAGCAGAAUGAAGAUGCCUUAAUAUGUGAAUCCUGUUCUAAUUGUCAUAGACAUCCCUUCACGUGGAGCUGCUUCAACAGAAAUCUUCAGAUGACUUCGACUAGAAAUCCAACCUGCCCAGAACCUCAAUUGACCACCUUAUAUCGCAAUCUUCACUAUUCAAACUCUGCAAGCAGCACCACGUUCAAGUGAUAAACAGAACUGAAAUCGAAUCGAUAGCCAGCCAGGAAGGCAAAUGAGAAUUUUCAAUUUGCCAUAUGAAAUAGGUUGUCGAUGGGUGGCAGACAAAGUUUCUCAGCAGCGGGGAAAUGUGUAGGCAAACUCUGCCUUAUUACCUACAAAAAGGCUCACGAAUGAGCAUCACAAAUUAACUAAGAACUGAAAUAUUACGUAGAAAAAGCACAUGAAUAGGACCCACAAAGAACAAAGGACUGAAAUAACAGAUUUUAUAUGUUUUUGUGCUUAAUGUUGCAA